AUGCCAAAAAAAGACAUGCGAGAUGUGAAGGCACUGCAAGGCGACGACAUAAAUUAUGAAUGUGGGCUUUUGCUACUUGUCAGUGUACUGGCCAUACCAAGCGAUGGGGAACUUUGUCCAGAACUAAUGCAUACAAUCGAGCGAGAAAAGAAUUCCCGGGAGCCUGAGAGCCUUACUAUUCAGGAAUGGAUGUUGCACGACUUGCGCAUUCAACUGGCGCAGACAAAGAUCGACAAAUGCUUGCAUAAUUGCUACGACGAAGCGACGCAGUCAUUUGAGACCAGUACUCUCCACCAUGCGUAG